AUGCCUCAAAACGAAUAUAUUGAACAACAUAUCAAGAAACAUGGAAGAAGAUUAGAUUAUGAAGAAAGAAAGAGAAAGAAGGAAGCAAGAGAAGGUCAUAGAAUCGCUAAAGAAGCCCAAACCUUGAAGGGUUGGAAAGCUAAACAAUUCGCUAAGAAACGUUAUAGUGAAAAGGUUGCCAUGAAGAAGAAGAUCAAAGCUCAUCAAGAAUCUAAAGUUAAAGGUCCUUCCACUCCUGCUGAAGAAUCUGGUGAAGCUUUACCAACUUAUUUAUUGGAUAGACAAAAUGAUAAUGUUGCCAAAGCUAUUAGUUCUUCAAUUAAACAAAAGAGAUUAGAAAAAGCUGAUAAAUUCUCCGUUCCUUUACCUAAAGUUAAAGGUAUUUCAGAAGAAGAAAUGUUCAAGGUUAUCAAGACUGGUAAAAAGAAUAAUAAAGCAUGGAAGAGAAUGAUCACUAAACAUACUUUUGUCGGUGAAGGAUUCACUAGAAGACCAGUUAAAAUGGAAAGAAUUAUCAGACCUUCAGCUUUAAGACAAAAGAAAGCUAAUGUUACUCAUCCUGAAUUAAAAGUCACUGUGUUCUUACCAAUUUUAGGGGUUAAAAAGAAUCCUCAAUCUCCUAUGUAUACUCAAUUAGGUGUUUUAACCAAAGGUACCAUCAUUGAAGUCAAUGUUAGUGAAUUAGGUUUAGUUACCGCAGGUGGUAAAGUUGUCUGGGGUAAAUAUGCUCAAAUCACUAAUGAACCUGAUAGAGAUGGUUGUGUUAAUGCAGUUUUAUUAGUUUAA